UUCUAUUUUCCUCUUCUUCUCUCUAGAAUUCUAUUCUUAUCUGCUGCAUUCCAGUAGUUAGGGUUAGCCCCCUAACAAUCUGGUAUCAGAGCCCUCGAUUCUGAGGGUAUGGUGAAGCUCAAGGGAGCUGGAAGUACCGGAGCUCCACACUCUUCCUGUGAGCUUUCAAAUGUGGAAUUUGACCUUCAAAUUCACAAAGAUGAGACUACGGCUAAAAUAGGAGCUAUGCAGGACUCUGUGAUGGCGGUUCAAAACUCUGUUACAGUUCUACGAGCUGAAAUCCUUGAAGAAAUUCGUCUAAUGCGUGUUGAGAGUAGAUCAGAUCUUGCUCAGCAUGGAUCACCUCAAAUCAGCUUUGGGUCGUUACCAUCUUCAGCUGCUACUCCAAUCCAAGGAACCACAGCACAGUCUGCUUCUUCCACUAUGGCCACGUCUACUACAGCGCAGUCGAUCGAUCAAGUGAAGUUUAUACUAGCAUGAUUAACACCACUAAUAUGAUGCAAGCCACUAGUGCCAUGAUACGUGGAUCUACUGUUUCUGCUCAAAUGAGUAGCCAAGCUACUAUUAAUAUGAAUAACUUGGAUACUAGUGGUGUGUAUGGUGGUGGGUACAGCAGUCCCGGUCAUCAACUUCACAACCAAUACUUUCAGCACACCAAUUUUGGUUCACAACCAUUCAACUAUAUUGCUGGUCCACAUCUGGCUUCAUUCGGCGAUCCACAGCAACCUUCAUUUGGAUGAGAAGAUCUUGUGUGGGGCACCCGUAGGGACACGUGGUGGGGAGGGCCAAUCACUGCCAGCAGGGAGGGUGUUUUGGGUAUUUCACUUUAGAGAGCAAGGGCAGUUUCGAAAGAGAUGGAAAAUUUCCUUUGUUCUGAUUGGGUGGCCGUAAGGCCACGUGGUGGGGAAACCCCCACCUAAGUAUUUGCCCAUUUGGAUUUGCACCUACUAGUCAUUUUAGCAGUACUGAACCUUUUGUGAUGAGUUAUUCCGGACAUAUUCUUACACUCCCAUUAGUGUCACACCAACAUUGCCUUUUGCUGUCCCUACUUAUCAAAAUGCUCUUACAAACAGUCAAAACGGUCUUGUCCAUCAGGUUUACCAAGGGUCUUCUUCUGUUCAAUUACACCCACAGUCUCAAAUACACUCUGCAGGACCAUAUUCAAGUGGGUUUCCACUCCCAACUUCACAUCAGCAAUUUAACCCUUUUACGCCUCCACCAUAUCACAGUAAUCAUCCUCCUAUGUUCAACCUAGGGCUGGGCUUGGUUCGGAUCGGGCCGGUUUGGGCCUGAAACCGCAACCAAACCGUUUAUUUUGGUUUGGCUUUUUUCCCAACCGCAACCACAUUUCCAAACAUCUGGGCCGCAUUUUCGGUGUAACCGUU